AUGUCUCGACUUCGUCAGACUGACACCAACCACUCGUGUUUGCAUAGUUGGAUGGAGAAAUUCUCUUCUUUCCGAGAUCCUGGAACGGGCAUUCAGGCUAUACCACCACAGGAACGCGACCUCUUCGUCACUUUUCUGACGCCUAUCAGAGCCGUUGUUGCUGUCAUACGAACUGUUGUGAUCAUCGUCCUUAUUGCGAUCCAUUUUGCCUUAGUUCAUGUGAUCGGCUUUAUCUGUCGGCCUGUUCUACCAUUACAAGAUGUAAUAUUAUGGUUGGGCACUGCCCUGCUUGCGCGCUUGGCGCUCUAUGUGAUAGGAUUUUGGUCUGUGCCGACGGAGCUUAUUGUUCGAAAAAGAGGAAAAUUCCCUGAAAACAAGUGGAAUCCACGAGCUGGGGACCUUAUAGUAUCAAACUGGUCGUCUUGGAUAGAAGUCCUUUGGCUGGCAUACCAAUACAACCCGGUUUUUGUGUUGCCUAUUGCAAAUGCACCCACAGCGUCUUCCGCCAGAGAUGCAUCAUCAGUAUCGUACACCCCAGGACGAAAGACAGGGACAGGAUCCGCAGCUAUAUCUUCUUUUGACCGCGUAUUGAGCUCACCAGAAGUCAUUCACGGCUUUCGUCAGGUGUCUUUAUUGGAAAUAAUAUAUUCCACUGGCAAUACGCCAUCAGCCCCUUCCUCUGCGCCUUUACGCAGUCUCGACGACAUCCGCCGUUCAGCGCGUCGUCCCGUUGUCGUAUUUCCUGAAUGCACGACCAGCAACGGCAGGGGUCUGCUUCGAUUCGCCGAUGUCUUCAAUGGCGCAAGUGUUCCUACAAAGGGUUACAAUAUUUUCGUGAUGUGUGUGAGAUACGAUCCCCCGACACCGUCACAACCCUCUUUGUCGCACUCAGUCCCAGACACUACCUUCAACCCCCUCCGACAUCUAUUUCAAAUAUGCACCUGUCUUUCUCCACAAUCUAUCUCCAUCCGCCAACUUCCGCUCUCGGAAUCCCCUAGCUCUCAGCUCUUCAUAGUCAAUGAGGUGGUUCCUGAGCCACGUUCUGAUGUGCUUGCCGAAGUCUGCGCUGUGCUAUUAGCGAGAAUAGGCAAGAUGAAAAGGGUUGGUUUUGGAUGGGAAGAUAAAUACGCCUUUUUGGACUUUUAUCGUGGAAGGAGAUGAUGGGACGGCCUGUUCAGAUCCGUUCAUAGCAAACUCAGCGGUAAUAUUUAUGCGAUCGCCGGGAACUGCAAUACAAGAAUGACUGUAGAUCCACUAUCCAGUCAUGAUCUAAAAUUACUAGAUGUGUAAUGGAACACUAUCGAUUAUAUAGCCAGAGUCACUUCAAUACACUUCAAUAAUUUAGACUUGACACGUUUCCACGAGAAAGGAGAUGUUUAAGUAUCUGUCAUGA